GCCUACGUCAUCUGUCUGUGCCAGGUGGGUCUUCCCCAGCUGAGGCACCUGGACCCGUGAGCCGUUCCCUCGGUGGGAGAGCGCGUCUCACCUCCGCGUGGUACCAGCUCGACAGCCGCCCCGAUCCUUGGAGGGGUCCCGCGGGAUCCCGGGCCGUGGCCCCCGCAGCCCUGACGCGAAAGCCUGGGCCUCGCGCGCGUUUCACACCGAGUGGCCUGAGUCUUGGAGUGCGGCGGCCAGCCGGGUACCCCUGCUCGGGUUCCGCGGCCUGGGUUGGGGCCGCCUCUGUCGCCGCCUCUCCGGGCCCGCUCUCCCUUCAGGGUCCCGCGAUGGCGGCAACAUGGAUGGACCCGGCCUGGAUGCCUGUUACUUAUGAGGAUGUGGCCACGACUUUUACCCAGGAGGAGUGGGGGCAGUUGGACCCCACCCAGAGGACCCUGCAUCAGGAGGUGAUGCUGGAUACCUGCAGGCUUCUGGUCUCUCUGGGCAGGCUGUCCUCUGCCCAAACCAGAGCUGAUCUACCCAUUGGAGCCCAGCUCGAGUUACAGGUGUUGAGCAGAGGCCUCUCCCCAGGCUCCUGCCCCGGUGACAACACAAAGCCUGAGCCCAGGGAGCCUCUCCCUUCUCUCCUGGACUCAGCUGAGACUCACUCCGGGAACAGCCGACUCAGCGAGCCUCAGGGACUGUCCAGUUGGGACCAAUCAAGGGUGGAAAUGGGCUCUUGGAAGUACAGGAGGGCCACUUGAGGCCAGGGAUAGGCUUCCAGAGAGAGAAGCUCCCUAGGAAAGUGAGCCCUGGACAUGGUGGUUUAGGGACAGCUGAGGGUCUCCAUGCAAGGCUUGUGCAGGAGCAAGUCUUUCCAGGAGCUACUCUUCAUGGUGACCCACACCGACCAUGGAGCAGACCCUUGAUACGUGAAGGGGAACAUCUAUAAGCGAGAGGAACACGGGAAAGCCUUUAGCAAGAGUUGCCUCCUUAAUCGACAUGAGCGGAUUCACUCGGGGGUGAAGCCCUAUGAAGGCACGGAGUGUGGGAAAACGUUUAUUAAGAGCACAUACCUGCUCCAGCACCACACGAUCCACACUGGGGAGAGGCCCUACGAGUGCAUGGAGUGCGGGAAGGCCUUCAACUGCAAGUCCUACCUCACAGCACCAGCGGAUCCACAGUAGAGAGAAGCCGUACAGGUGAAGUGAGUGCGGAAAGGCCUUCACCCACUGCUCCAGUUUUGUCUUACAUAAGAGGAGACACACCGGGGAAAGACCCUUUGUGUGCAAGAACUGUGGGAACGCCUUUCGAGAUAAGACAGGUUUCCUUCGAUACUACAUCAUCCACACGGGAGAGAAGUUCUUUGUGUGGCGUGUGGGAAAGCUUUCAACCGUAGGUCACAUCUCACCUGGCACCAGCAGAUUCAUAGCGGAGCAAGACCCUUUGAAUGCAUCGAAUAUGGGAAAGCCUUUUGGGACAGCCCAGACCUCAUUCAGCACUAUGUCAUCCACACGGGAGAGAAGCCAUACACAUGCCUCGAGGUCACACCUCAGACAGCACCAGCGGAGUCACACUGGGGAGAAGCCCUAUGUAUGCAGUAAAUGUGGAAAGGCCGUAUUUCCCGUCGUGGCGCAGUGGUUAACGAAUCUGACUAGGAACCAUGAGGUUGCGGGUUCGGUCCCUGCCCUUGCUCAGUGGGUUAACGAUCCGGCGUUGCCGUGAGCUGUGGUGUAGGUUGCAGAUGCGGCUCGGAUCCCGCAUUGCUGUGGCUCUGGUGUAGGCCGGUGGCUACAGCUCCGAUUCAACCCCUAGCCUGGGAACCUCCAUAUGCCUCGGGAGCGGCCCAAGAAAUAGCAACAACAACAACAACAAAAGACAAAAGACAAAAAAAAAGGGUGGAAAGGCCUUUACUCACUGCUCCAUCUUCAUCUUGCAUAAAAGGGCCCACACUGGAGAGAAGCCCUAUGAAUGCAGAGCAUGUGGGAGAGCCUUUAGCAAUAGGUCAGACCUCAUUUGACUCUGGAGCAUCCACACUGAAGAGAAGCCUUGUGAGUGCAUGGAGUGUGGGAAGGCCUUUAAUCGCAGGGCGUACCUCACCAGACACCAGCGGAUUCACAGUGGAGAAAAGCCCUAUGAAUGUGUAGAGUGUGGCAAUGCCUUUUGCCAAAGGGCAAACUUCAUUUGACACACCAUCAUCGACACUGGAGAGAAGCCCUAUGUGUGCACUGAAGGUGGAAAGGCCUUCACCUACUGUUAUACUUUUAUCUCGCAUAAGAAGGUCCGCUUUGGAGAGAAACCUUUUGAAGGCAGAGAAUGCGAGAAAGCCUUUAGCACUCGGAAAGGUCUCAUUCGGCACUUCAGCAUCCACACUGGGGAGAAGCCCUAUGAGUGCACCGAGUGUGGGAAGGCCUUUAACCGCAGGUCGGGCCUGACAAGGCACCAGCGGAUUCACAGUGGCGAGAAGCCCUACGAAUGCCUCGAGUGUGGGAAAACCUUCUGCUGGAGCACAAACCUUAUUCGACACGCCAUCAUCCACACGGGAGAGAAGCCUUACAAGUGCAGUGAGUGUGGAAAGGCCUUCAGUCGCAGCUCCUCCCUCACUCAGCAUCAAAGGGUUCAUUCUGGGCGAAACCCUGUCACCGUGAAAAAUGUGGGAAGACCCUUCACAUUUGGUUAGUCCCUGGUCAGCCUCUAGGAAUUCCUUUUGGAGAAAGACUUUUGAAUGUAACCACUGGGUAAAAUCUUUUGCUAGAGGAAACGUCUUACUCAGAAUCUGAUCAUUCAUACCAAAGAGAAACCCCACAGUUUUCUUCUCUGGGAGAAAACUUGUUGCAGGUUGUCAGUUGUCAUCUAAAGAGUUAUGUUUGAAAUGGGCCUAGAAACUUACUCUGUAUCUGAAAGUUCACCCAGGAGAGUGGUUCAGUCCUUAUUGUGCACUUACCAAAACCUUUAGCCACAUCUUUCCCCUUAGUUUACACUGCAAAAUUAUCUCAGGGAUAUAUAAACAAAAGAGAGGAGACAUCGAAAAGAAAUGAGAGUGAAAUGCAAGUGCAGCUUCUUUCGUGGUUCUCUGAUGAGCCUAUGCCAAUUUGUCAUCCCUUUCUUAGUUUAUUUGGGGUAAGGGCGGUGUUGUUGCAGAGAUCAGGGGCCUCGUUUCUUUUAUUUGUGUCAUAUAUACAGGCACUGCUCUCCAGUUUCAGAAUAGUUGAGGGUACAUGUGAAGACAUUGCCUGAAGACUGUCUCUCUUCUCCAACACUGUCUCUACCCUUGAGUAGUACAUGUCUUUAUGAGAAAUAUGAAGGUUUUAAUUAUGCUUUCUUUUCUUUUUUUUUUUUCAGGACCGUACCCAAGGCAUAUGGAGAUUUCCAUGCUAGGAGUCUAAUCAGAGCUAUAGCCACCGGCCUAUGCUACAGCCAUAGCAAUGCCAGAUCCAAGCCACAUCUGUGAUCUACACCACAGCUCACGGCAAUUCCAGAUCCUUAACCCACUGAGCAAAGCCAGGGAUCACACCUGCAUCUUCAUGGAAGUUAGUCAAGUUCGUUAACCACUGAGCCAUGCCGGGAACUCCAGUUAUGCUUUCUUACUUAAGAAGAUGAAGAUGUACGUAUGAAUUGGCCCAUUGUACUACAUUUUUAAGACUUAUUUAUUUAUUUAUUUUGCUUUUUUUAGGGCCGAAGGUGCGGCAUAUGAAACUUCCCAGGCUAGGGGUCGGAUCAGAGCUUCAGCUGCUGGCCUACACCACAGCCACAGCAACAAGGGUUCCAAGCCAUGUCUGCGAUCCACGCCACAGCUCACAGCAAUGCUGAAUCUCAAACCCCCUGAGCAAGGCCAGGGAUCAAACCCGCAUCUUCGUGAAUACUAGUUGGAUUCAUUUCUGCUAUGCCACAAUGGGAACUCCCUAUGUGUUUUAUUUUGUUCUGGCUCUACUUCGACCCCUAGAAAAUCCACCGAGGUGGACCUGAAGAAGGCUCUCUAUGGAGGAAUCUGGGAAACCGCAGUCAGAGGGAAGAACAGGGAUUCAUCUGGGAAGGUUGCACCACACAGAAAGUAAAGGAAAAAUAAACAAGUAGAUCAAGUAUGAGGGUUGGGUGGAAGUCUGAGACCCACACCACAGCCCACGGCCACGCCAGGUCCUUAACCCACUGAUCGAACCCACAACCUCAUGGUUCCUAGUUGGAUUCGUUCCUGCUGCACCACAACAGGAACUCCUGAUCUGUGUAUUUAAACUUCUGCUAAUGUUACACUCUCUUGAGUACUGUGGCUGUCAUUAAAUAAUUGGGUAAUUUCCCCUUUAUUCUUCUUAAAAAUUGAUUUAGCUUUCUAUAUCACUUUUUCCUUUGGUUUUCUGUGUGAAUUUUAUCAUGUGCUUAUCUCUACUUACAAAACAUCUUGUGGGAUUUCUAUAGAAUUACAUUAAUCUGUGGAUCAUUUUGGUGAGAUUUGGCAUCUUUAUGAUAUUGAGUCAUUCCGUGAACAUUGUAUUUCUCCAUUUAUUUAGACACUCUGAUUUAUUUCAUUAGUGUUUUGUAAUUCUCACCUUACAGAACCUGAACAUAUUUUGUUAGAUUUUUAUCCAGGCAACUUUUGGGGGGAGGGUCAUUACAUGGCAUAGGGUUAAAUUUCAGUUUGCACAUUAUCACAUUAUCAUUACUAUUACAGAGAAGACAGUUUUUAUAUGUCAACUUUGUAUCUUAUGACCAUUCUGGACUCAGUUAUUGGUUCUAGCAGGGCUUCUUUUUUUAUUGUGGGUUUUUUGGUCUGUUUGUAGAAUUUUCUUCAUAAACGAUAAUGUCAUCAGCACAUAGUGAAUAUCUUAUUUCUUCUUCAUAUGUGUCCCUUUUAUUUCCUUUUCCUUUCUUUACUGUACUAGCUAGAAUUUCCAGUGCAGUGUUGAAUAGAAAUGGUUAAAGAGGACACACACCUCUUGUUUUUAAUAUUAGGGAGAAAGCAUUAGUAUUGCUUCAUCAUUAAAUAAUAUAACUGUGGGGUUUUAUACAGAUUUUUUUUUUCUAGUUGAGAAGCUUUUCUUCCUCAUUUACUAAGAGCUUUAUGAACAGGUGUUGAAUUUUGUCACAUCUUUGCUCCUUCAAUUGAUGUGAUGAAAUAAUUUUUCUUCUGGAGCCUAUUGAUAUGAUGGAUUGUCUGACUGGUUUUGAAUGUAGAACCAGCCUUGCAUUUCUGCAGUAAAUCCCACUGGG